UAUACACCUGUCUGAAGAUAGAUACAAUGUUUGUGAGUGUAGUCAUGGCGUCACCGGCGGGAGGCGGGGAACUCAAAUGGCGCGCCGGUGAUGUUUAACCAGGACUGGUUAAAAGCCUUAACCGCGGAAGAAGCCCGGGCCGGAGGUGCGCGGCCGGGAUGGCGCGUGACGCUCCGGGCGUCUUUAGCCAGGGCGGGUUAAAAGUAGUCCCGGGCCGGAGGCGCGAGCGCGCGAGCGGGUGUUCAAGUGGUCCGGGCCGGCGCGGCGCCCGAAGCCGGCCUUGACGUACCCAGGGGCUUUCAGGACGGUCCGGUUAAAGCUCUUAAUCAGGGAGCGUAGUCCUCCGGCCCGUCUACACCGGCGCGGGCCAGCCCGGCGCGAAGGGCUCCCCGCGAAAGCGUGUAACGCCGGGUCACGCCCCGGGUGCCCGUUUGCCAGGGUACAGUUGGGUGUCCGGACCUUUGACCGGGCUGGUGCUCCGGAGAGGGAGAGUUGUCCGGUGACACGCCCGGGCAGUAGCGCGAGGGCGGCCGGCGGGUGAGAAGUGUCAGCAAGAGGCCGGAACAUCGCGCGAUGCUCCCGGAGACCGUUAACAGGGCGCGGAGUGAACCUGAGAACCUCCUGACCGGGAACAAAGUCCGGCCGUGAUGGAGGCGCGGUGCAUCUCCGACGCCCUGCGGAGAUGUUGCCGCUCGCGCGCUCCGGCCGGACCACAGUCCUAGCCGGAUAGACAGGGCCGUAUGUAUCCCACGCCGGUGACUAUGGCAAUAGAGCAAAACGACCAAGUCCCACUUUUCCAGGCCCAAUGACGGAAAAAUCCCGCCCGUUUCCUAUGUUGAGGUGGCCCAGUUUCUAUUUUCCCAUAGAAAACCAUCCCCCCCACCGUCAUUUCCAGUACCAGGAGCCCAGUCCGGCAGAAGACGACCCGAGAAGCGUCCGGUGGCAUCGCGGCGAGAUUGACGGCGGCGGAGAGGGGUACCUGGGCGGCUUGUACUCUAUGAGCUCCCGGACCCCUCGACGCCCGGUUUUCUCGAUCCUGCGCGGUCGUCCACCAAACACCCUUAGUUCCAUGUCGGAUAGAGCCUUCCACGUAUGGUUAAGGGCAUCAUCGGAGAACCCGGUGGGCCCUUCAAUCCACGGCGGGCUCGAGCACCUGCCGCCGCCUGCCCUUCCCUCCAUUCCGGAGAAGCGGGUCUCGCGGCGGGUGUCGGAAUCCCGGAGUCCCUCGCGGGCUCCGGUUCCGGUUGGGGUCUGUCGAUUGUUGGCCGCUGGCGAACGUUUUCGAAUCAGAUUUCCAGGGGGAAAGUCGGCUCCGGAAGCCGCUGCUCGUCAGCGUGUCUGGGGCCGUGAUCCUCCAUCGGAGGGACCGAUGCGGCAGACGGGCUCCCCCUCGCGGGUUGGAGCCCGGCCCUGCCGCGGACCGUCCUCUGAAAAUCUCAGUGGGGGCAAUUGAAUACCGUCCGGAUGUCCAACGCGGUGCGCCGCCU